AUUGUUAACUGGCAGGAUUGGGGGAUUCACACAGAAAUCAGAUUGCCAAGAAAAUUAGACGGUAGAAAAGAACAGAGCUGGGGAAAGAGGGUCAUGGAAGCUCAAGCUCUUCAGCAGCAAUGGAUGAUGAGUUCGCAGGCUCAGACUCAUUAUAACAAUCCUAAUUCGGCAGCAAUGUCAGGCGUAGGAUAUUCGCUUUCGUACCAUCAGCCAGCCACUCUCGAAGAAGUCCGGACCCUCUGGAUUGGCGAUUUGCAGUACUGGGUCGACGAGAAUUACCUCAACAGUUGCUUUGCUCAUUCUGGAGAGGUUAUUUCAAUAAAGAUAAUACGUAACAAGAUGACUGGUCUUCCAGAAGGCUAUGGAUUUGUGGAGUUUGUCUCACAUACUGCAGCCGAAAGGGUUUUACAGGCUUACAACGGGGCUCAAAUGCCUGGAACUGAGCAAACCUUCAGGUUAAAUUGGGCAUCCUUUGGGUCUGGAGAAAAACGAAUGGAUGCUGGCCCUGAUCACUCUAUAUUCGUGGGAGAUUUGUCACCGGAUGUUACAGAUUAUAUGUUGCAAGAGACAUUUCGAGUUCCAUAUCCAUCUGUUCGAGGUGCUAAGGUGGUAACUGAUCCAAAUACUGGACGCUCAAAGGGAUAUGGCUUUGUUAAAUUUGCAGAUGAGGCAGAAAAAAUCCGUGCAAUGACUGAAAUGAAUGGCGUCUAUUGUUCAACUCGGCCCAUGCGUAUUAGUGCAGCAACACCAAAAAAAAGUAUUGGGAUUCAACCGCAGUAUCCAGUAACAAGGGCUUACAAUCCAACUGUACAGGCAGUUCCAGUGGAUACUGAUGUCAACAACACGACAGUUUUCGUUGGUAAUCUUGAUGUUAACAUUACAGAGGAGGAACUGAGACAAAUCUUUUUGCAAUUUGGAGAAAUUGUUUCUGUCAAGAUCCCACCAACUAGAGGCUGUGGAUUUGUGCAGUUCACAACAAGGAUGUCUGCUGAAGAGGCUAUCCAAAAGAUGCAGGGUUCCACCAUCGGUCUACAAGUUGUCCGUCUUUCUUGGGGCAGGAGCCCAGCUGCUAAACAGGAUGUAUCAGGUGCAUGGAGUCUGCAAGCUGAUCCAAAUCAAUAUAGCAGUGCUUAUUAUGGUUAUGGACAAGGUUAUGAUGCGUCAUAUGCUUAUGGAAUGUCUCAGGAUCCCAAUUCCUAUGCCUAUUCUCUAUAUUCGGGUUACGCACAGUACCCGCAACAGGUCGAUGGCUCACAUGAAAUGGCUGCUAUGGCUGGUGCGAUCCCAGUUAUGGAGCAAAAGGACGAAUAUGACCCUUUGGCUACACCUGACGUUAACAAACUAAAUGCUGCUUAUCUUGCUGUCCAUGGUAGUUCAAUUUUAGGCCGGCCCUUGUGGCUGAGGACUUCAUCAAUGCCACAACAAUCUUAAACCGUGUAUGCUUAGAUUUAUCAGCUGUGUGUGAUCCCAGAAUCUUGAUUUCAUACAAGCUAUAUUGCACAGGUAUUUGUGCAUGAAUGUUGAAGAAUAAUAGAAUAGCCGAAAAUGGAUUUGUUGUGCAGCUAGAGAUGGAUAUUGUCUUCACCUGCAUACUUUGCAAAGAGAAUUUGCUAUCUUCUGCUUCUUUAUUGAUUAGAUUAGAUGGAUUUUUUUUUAUGUUUAUUUUUUGUGGGCUGGAGGCUGCUUUCACCACUAUUUUAUAUAUAUUCAUUCUCACUUUUAUCUUGAGUUUUCUAGUUUGUAGUAGUUGUAGAGAACACAUUUGUAAUUUCAUUAUCUAUUGUUGCCUAAGA